AUGCCCAUUUUGACGUUGCAGUGCACAUCUAUGGAUUUGGAGACUGUGACGAAAAGCAUUGGAUGGACAUAUGUGCUUGUGUGGGGAGUUGCCAACUACCCGACGGUGAUCUCCAACACCCAGCUCAAGUCUGUGCAGGGGAUCUCCAUUGACUACAUGUACUUCAACCUCAUGGGGUUUGUGCUGUACACGCUGUAUACGGGUUCCAUGUACUCAUCGGCCUUGGUACGGAGGGAGUUUUUCGAAGAGACACAUGAAUGGCCCCUCAUCAAGCUCAACGACGUUAUCUUUGGUAUCCACAAUUUGUUCACCAACUCGGUCAUUAUGUCGCAGGCAUACUGCUGGGGGUUCAAGAAGAACGACAACCAGCGGCUGAGUUGUAUGGCAAAGCUCGUCCUCAGUUGUGUCUUUGCGUAUCUAAUGGGCGGCGGCUACUACAUCUACACAAGUCAGGGCUGGGAGCCUGUACCUAAUGUCUUCAACUGGUCAAGAUUGCUAACCUCCCUUGGUCUGGUGAAGAUUGCAAUGUCUGUGUGCAAAAACAUCCCCCAGAUUCUUUACAACUAUAACAGAAAGUCCACGCAUGGCUGGCCAAUUCUAAUGAUUUGGCUUGACUUUGUCGGUGCCUUGCUCUCCUUUGUGCAACUAUGUUUGGACGGGUAUAUUGUUGGUGACCUGUCAACGAUUUUCGACAACAAACCAAAACUGUUUCUUGCGGUACAGGUGUUUAUUGCAGACUUUAUCUUCUUUCUACAACAUUACUAUCUCUACUAUAAGAGAGACAUUGAAACUUUUGGCGCAGUCAACUACGGCGCCAUUGAACAGGACGAACGGUUCCUUCUCGAACACACCCACGACCACGACCACCUUCCAGGCAUAAUGUCCACUUCCACUUCUUCUUCAUGUCCUGUCUCCAAUACAGACAAGGACGAGCUACAGAGGCUUAUCAAUUGA